AUGACUUUGACGGACAGCUCAUCGCAGAACUCGAUUGAGAAGGGCGUGGCCGGCGCACCUACUAUUGAGGCUGCUGGCGAGCUCUAUAGACCCGACUUGGACGACCCUCUGCGUCACACCAUCUUCGAUGAUGCCGAGCAGGACCCGACAUUCUCGAAGCCUUCCGACACGUAUGAAGGUCUGCACCGAUGGGAUCCAUAUUUCAAGUGGACCUUGGAGGAGGAGAAGAAGAUCAUCCGUACGCUUGAUUGGAAGCUCUGCACCAUGAUUUGUGUUUCGUUCUUCUGCUUGCAGCUUGAUAAGGCCAAUUUCGCCUUGGCGCUGGCCAAUGGGGUCCUUCAGGACAUGGGCCUCACUACCGACGACUAUGAUACCGGCUCAACUAUCUACAACGUUAUGUACCUCGUGGCGGAGCUGCCCUCUCAGAUGAUCGGCAAGAAGCUGGGUCCCAACAUCUGGAUCCCCUUCAUGAUGGUCAGCUGGAGUAUCGUGGUCGCUUGCCAGGCGUUCAUCUCCCACAACAAAUCGGCCUACUUGGGUGUCCGCGCCUUGCUUGGGUUGCUCGAGGGAGGCUUUAUUCCCGCCUGUGUUUCCUACUUGGCCUCGUUCUACAAGUCAACUGAGUUGCCCGGCCGGAUGAAUGCCUUCUGGAUUUCCUUCGUCCUAGCCGGUCUUAUCGGCUCGUUCCUGAGUUACGGAUUCCUUCACAUUGACCUCCACAACGGAAAGCACUCUUGGAUUUACAUCUUUGCUUUCGAGGGUCUCAUUACUGGUGUGGCUGGCAUCUUUGCUUUCUUCUGGAUCCCCCCUUCUCCGGUGGAGACCAAGGGAAUGCUCCGAGGAAAGAAAGGCUGGUUCAACGAGCACGAGGAGAUGAUCGUUGUCAACCGUAUCCUGCGUGACGAUCCCAGUAAGGGAGAUAUGGGUGCCCGGGAUGGCCUUCACCUGAAGGCCCUCUGGGAAUCGCUGAAAGAUUACCACAUGUGGCCGCUGUUCAUUGUUGGUUUGAUCUGGUGGCUUCCUUUGACCCCUGCCAGUUCUUACCUCGCUCUCGAGAUUGAGGCAGCUGGCUUCAAGAAGAUCGAUGUCACACUCAUGGUGAUUCCGUCCGCCGUAAUCUCCGUGAUCCUGAUGAGUUCCGUUACAUUCCUCGCAGAGCGCACCAACCAGCGAUUCCUAUGGGGCGCCGCUGCCAAUGUCUGGGUCUUGGGCAUGCUUCUUGGUCUCUACUUGAUUCCUCCGGCGCCCAUGAAGUGGGUCCGCUGGACUCUAGUGACUCUCCUCGUCGGAUGCCCCAACGUGCAGCCCGUCAUGACCGCCCUGACCUCCCGAAAUGCCGGCUCAGGACGCACCCGUACUGUCGCCCCUGCCUUGUACACUAUGGCCAACCAAAUCUCCAACAUCGCCGCUGCCAACGUGUACCGCUCCAACGACGCCCCUUACUACUACAAGGGCAACAAGGUCCUCAUCGGCUGUGUCUGCGCCACUAUCGUUCUCUUCAUCUUCAACAAGUUCUGGUAUGACUACUGGAACCGCACCUACCGUGCCAAGUGGAAUGCUAUGUCCCACGAGGAGAAGGAGAUCUACCUGCGUGAGAACCCCGAGCUCACCAACAAGCGACUGGACUUCCGGUUCGCUCCCUAG